AUGUCUGUGGCGAAAGAUGCGAAAGCUGUCUCUCAGGUCCGUCAGAUGUUGAGAGAUCUGCUUUUGGGCCGAGAGGAUCCGGAGGGAUUUUUCGGUCUGUGUCUGUCCGUUUUGGGGGAUAACGACACUCGGACGCUCUUUAUGGACUUGAUCAAACCCAUUUCCUCCGGACACGUCCAGCUUCACAGCCAGCUCUCCGCGAUCUACCAUGAAUAUUUUUCUAAGGGUGAAGAUGUGGAAGUGGAGCUGGCUUUGGCUCUUUCUCUGCAAGAGGUCAGCCAAGAGGUCAAAGAGCAGAGGUCGGCCAAGCCACCACAGGUCAAAAGCUACGCAGAGUUGGCGGGGGGUCGUUGGGCGUGGAGUGUGAACGGAGCUGGGGUACAGGACAGAGGAAGCAGAGGGCUGGAGAAACAGCCUACUGUCACAAAAUGGAGUUUAACAGACGCUGAAGUACAGGGACCAACCACAGCACUCACCAAGGGCCGAAAUGCUGAGCUGCAUUUGGCUGAGGAGGGCGAUGACUUCAUUAAAGAACAUGAUGCAGGCCAAUCGCAGAAGCUGAAGAGGUCCCGGAGGCGUCGCCAGCGUAAGAAUCAGGAGCUGUCACUCCUGCAGAGCCCCUCUGGCUCUAAGCCAAUCCUGCUCUGGUUAAGGCGGGAUUUACGAAUGUGGGACAACCCUGCUCUGAUUGGCUGCCUUGAGAUGGGUGCCCCGAUAAUUCCGGUUUUUCUGUGGAACGCGGCGGAGGAGGAGGGGCCAGGUGUUACCGUGGCCGCAGGUGGAGCGAGUAAAUACUGGCUGCAUCAGGUGCUGGUCUGUUUCAACCAAUCAUUGGAGCAGCGGGGGAGUCACCUGAUCACUCAGAGGGCGGAGCCUUCAUCUCUGGAGGCUUUGCUCAGACUGGUUGCUGAGACGGGGGCGGGCACAGUGGUGGCCACUGCCCUGUAUGAGCCGUGGUUGAAAGAAAGGGAUGAGGUUGUGUUUAGGGCACUGGAACGUAAGGGCAUUCACUGCCAGCUCUUCCACUCCUACUGCCUCAGAGACCCCUACAGCAUCACCACACAGGGGGUCGGCCUCAGAGGUAUUGGCUCUGUCUCUCACUUUAUGAGUUGCUGUCAGCAGAACCCGGGCACAGGGCUUGGCACACCUCUGGACGCCCCCGGUGCCCUCCCCGUGCCCUCUGUGUGGCCGCAGGGAUGCCCUCUGACUGCACUGGGACUGGCACGCAUGCCGCGCAGGAAAGAUGGCACUGUGGUGGAUUGGGCAGCAAACAUCCGAGAGGCGUGGGAUUUUAGCGAGGAUGGGGCACAGGCACGGCUGGACGCGUUUCUGCAGGACGGUGUGUAUCGAUAUGAGAAGGAAUCUUGUCGUGCCGACGCGCCCAACACCAGUUCUCUGUCACCAUACCUGCACUUUGGCCAGCUGAGCGCCCGCUGGUUGCUAUGGGAUGCCCGUGGGGCGCGAUGCCGUCCACCGAAGUUCCAGCGUAAGCUGGCGUGGAGAGACCUGGCCUACUGGCAGCUCUGUCUGUUCCCAGACCUACCGUGGGAGUCUCUCAGACCACCAUACAAGGCCCUGCGGUGGAGUUCGGAGCGCGCCCACCUGAGGGCGUGGCAGCGUGGCGGGACUGGCUACCCCCUGGUGGACGCCGCCAUGCGACAGCUGUGGCUCAGCGGCUGGAUGAACAACUACAUGAGACACGUCGUGGCCUCCUUCCUCAUCGCCUACCUCCACCUGCCCUGGCAGGAGGGCUACCGCUGGUUCCAGGACACGCUGGUGGAUGCUGACGUUGCCAUAGAUGCCAUGAUGUGGCAGAACGGGGGCAUGUGUGGACUGGACCACUGGAACUUCGUCAUGCACCCCGUGGACGCAGCCUUGACCUGUGACCCCCGUGGAGACUACGUCAGGAAGUGGUGCCCAGAGCUGGCUGCACUGCCAGAUGACCUCAUCCACAAACCCUGGCACUGCCCAGCCUCCAUGCUGCGCAGAGCAGGCGUGGUUCUGGGAGGUAACUAUCCGGAGCGGAUUGUGGUGGAUCUAGAGGAGCUUCGUGCGCAGUCCCUGCGGGACGCGGCCGAGGUUCGCCGGCGUUUUGGUGAAUUUGUCGACUGCCACUCAGGCUGUGACCUCGUGCCCCUCCCGGCGCGGCUGGUCCAGGAGGCUCUGGGCAGCAGGGCGGAGCUGGUCCGGUCUGGAACCCAGUUCCUUCUGCCGGUCAUCACCCGGAUGGAGUUCAAGCACCAGACCUCGGACCCUGACGGUACCGAUAACCCCUACAGUGCUGUGCUGAAAGGCUACGUCAGCCGCAAACGCGACGAGACCAUCGCUUUUCUCAACGAGCGAGACUUCACGGCCAGCGUGAUGUGUGAGAGCGCACAGAGACGGGAGAGACAGGACAGACACCAGCGCCUGCUGGAGGGGCUCCCCAAAGCCCCGCCCACAACCCCCCGAGGCCGAGCCCGACGCACCCCCGCCAGAGACCCCUACAGCACGGUGCCAGGAGGGGUCGCCGUGCCACGCAGAUAA